AUGAAGGGCUGGCUUCGAACCCUCAGCCUCACGGCUUUGCUCGCGGGAUCCGCGCUGGCCAACGAAGUUGAAAUUAAAUCUGACGCAGCGCAUCGCCAACAAUGCUCGGGCAUGUACGGUCGAAAGAGCUGGGGGGGCAAUGUCGACCCCUUUAUCUUGGUCAAAUUCUCCAAGACAGACAAGCAGGAAGGCGAUCCGCUCGCCAGUUUGGUCAUCUUCGAGUGGAAAGACGAGGAAUUAAUUGGCCGAUAUCGCUCUACGGAUGCUGAGGUCAAGGAUACAAUUUGCGACGAGGCGGCUGUUGAUGCGAAGCUGUGCACGAAAGAGGAGGUCGGAUCUUUUAUCCUCACCCAAAAUGCUACUGAUGUAUCCAAGAGCCCGAUCAUUUCCAAAGCCAUUCACCUGAAUAACCCGGACGCCAUAAAAUACCCAGUACCUAAGACUGGAUUCUACUGUGUAAGCACAUACGCUUACUCAGGAGAGGAUUAUAAUGGAGUGAUCACCUUCCGCAAUUCGUAUGGUGAACUUCCCGCGGCACAAAUCGCUAAGCUCCCGUUCUACGGAGCCUUGACUAUUGUCUACGCUGUGGUUGGAAUUUUCUGGGCUUUCCUAUAUGUCCAAAAUCGUCAUGAUAUCUUGCCGGUUCAGAAUUACAUCACCGCUAUCCUUGUUUUCCUGAUCGUCGAGCAGCUAAUGACUUGGGGUUUCUACGACUAUCAAAAUCGGCAUGGACUGAAUACCAUGGGCAAGGCAUUGAUGAUCAUUGUGGCGAUUCUCAACGCUGGUCGCAAUGCUUUCUCUUUCUUUUUGCUUCUCAUCGUCUGCAUGGGCUACGGCGUUGUUAAGCCUUCCCUGGGUCGGACAAUGAUCUACGUCCGAAUUCUGGCCAUUGGACAUUUCAUUUUCGCCAUGGGCUACUCGAUCGCCAGUUUGACAAUUACGCCAGAGACUGCUGGGCCUCUUGUUCUGCUCAUCGUCCUGCCUUUGGCCGGCACCUUGACGGCAUUCUACGUGUGGACUCUGAACUCCCUCAAUGCCACCAUGAAAGAUCUUAUCGAUCGAAAGCAAAAGACUAAAGCUUUGAUGUAUAAGAAGCUUUGGUGGUGCAUCCUUGGCAGCAUCAUCGUCAUUUUCGGCUUCUUCUUCAUUAACUCGUUUGACUUUGCGGGCCACAGCGACGCUGACUUUGUGCCCGAUCAUUGGAAGACUCGAUGGUUCGUCCUUGACGGUUGGUUGAACCUCGUCUACUUCUUCGAUAUUGUGUUCAUCGCUUAUCUCUGGCGACCAACUGCGAACAACCGGCGCUUCGCCAUGAGUGAUGAACUUGCCCAAGAUGACGAUGGAUUCGAAAUCCGCUCUUUCGGUAGUGGUCUGGACGAGGAGGAUCCCGCGGACGCACCACCGGAGUAUCCUGGCAGCUCUGCUGCCGCUGGUCACCGAGACCUCUCCCCCGUGCCUCCAAAGCCGGUUUCAGCUUCAAACCAACGUACUUCUCUCGAUGAUGAGACAAUCUUUGCCGUCGGCGAAGACGGAGACAAGUGGUCCGACGACGAGUCGCCCCGAAACUCCAGCGAGAGGCAGAGACUCACUCAUUAG